AAGCCGCACUCGAGGGAGAGUCUCAUACCCCACGUCAUGCACACCUUAACGGCUGUUCGACAAUACGAUGAUUAUGAGAGUCUGUGUAUGCGUGUUAGAAUCGAUGUUGCCAUGGCCCUGAUCGAAGCUCCUCGCUUUUCGGGUGUGGAGUGGAAGCGACUUGCGAUUUCAUAG